AUGGGACGGGGGACGACGGGACUCGGAGACCGUUUCAGCGUGCUGGCGAAGCUGUACCAACGAUACCUCAAAGGCGGUAAUUCCGUCAGAUCUAACUUGGUGCCAGUUCCCCAAGCGCCGGCUCUUGCUCCCAGCACUGCGGCAGCACUGUCGAUCCUCUUCACCUUGCUCUACGUCGUCCCUUUCUAUCUUUCCUCCCUCACUCGCCCCUCACCCCAACUCCACCGAGAUGCGCCUCCGUCGAUUCGCGCGCGGGUGCGGGCCGUCACCGUGUCGAGCCUUGCCUGCCUUGCCAUAACCGUCUAUGUCUUGCGCCAACAUGGUCACGCCUCGCUGUGGGACAUCCUCAAGCUUUUGGGUUGGUGGCCGAUCUCCCUCAUUGACACGGCAAGGACCAUGCUUCUCAUGUCCAUACUAUUCGCUGGACCGCUAUUCGAAGCGGGCAUUGUCGAAGGAGAGAUAAAGCACUGGAUACACCCGAGCCACCUCUUAGAUAGUCUGAGCAGCUGGGUCGGAUACCGGAACUAUGUCGCUGGCCCUGUCAGUGAGGAGCUCAUAUGGCGCGGUAUGAUCAUCCCACUGCACAUCCUAGCCAACUUCUCCGGAAAACAAAUCAUCUUCCUCACUCCCCUGUAUUUUGGCAUCGCACACGUCCACCAUCUAUACGACUUCCGCGUUACGAACCCCACGGUCCCUCUCGCGCUCGGGAUUGCUCGGUCCUUAUUCCAGUUCGCAUACACCUCGCUCUUCGGCUUCAUCGCUUCCUUCAUAUUCGUCCGAACAGGGAACAUCUUCUCUGUUAUCCUGGCCCAUAGCUUCUGCAACUGGAUGGGGCUGCCGCGGUUUUGGGGCCGUGUUGGAGUCGAGGCUGGAGUUCCCAUCGGUCCUCCCGAUGCUCGGGGGAAGGAUGACACCGAUGCGGUUCCCAAGACUGUGCCGUCUGGUGAGUCAAAAGGGAUUGCUUGGACUGUGGCAUACUAUAUCAUUCUCGUUGGUGGCGCUUAUGGAUUCUAUCGAGGCUUGUUUCCUUUGACGGAGAGUGCAUAUGCGUUGCCAGUGGUCCUGGUGGAGAAGUAA